CAAGCCGUGGCCUUCUGACUCCUCCCGUGACUCAAAUCUCACCGAACCGCCUCCUCUCCCACCUGUCCCUCCUCUGGCCUGACCAAACCGAUCGAUUGCGCGCCUUGUCAGGCGCACCGCCCAUCACAAGAUGCCCACCAUCGGCGUCAAUAAGGAUUCGCUCUACCAAUAUCUCGGCAAAAGCUACACCAAGGAUGAAUUCGACGAACUCUGCUUCGAAUUCGGCCUGGAGCUCGACGAGGACACGUCCGAGUCCAAACGGCCGAUCGGGCCCGAUGGAGUUGAAGAGCCGGCACAACUCAAGAUCGAAGUGCCCGCCAAUCGCUAUGACAUGCUGUGUUUCGAGGGCAUUGCCAUGAACUUGAACGUCUACCUGGGCCGCGAAAAGAUGCCGGAGCUGAAGUUGAGCAAGCCCAAAGACAUGAUCACCGCAUACAUCCGCCCCGAGACCGAACAAAUUCGACCCUACUUCUCGUGUGCGGUCUUGCGCGGCAUCAAAUUCACCAAGGAGCGGUACGAGUCUUUCAUUGCGCUGCAAGAUCGUCUCCACCAGAAUCUGGCGCGGCAGAGGACAUUGGUCUCCAUUGGAACCCACGAUCUGGACACGAUUGAAGGGCCCUUCUCGUACGAAGCCUUGCCUCCGGAAGAGAUUGUCUUUGCGCCUCUGAACCAGACCAAGACGAUGAAUGCGGCAGAGAUGAUGGAGUUCUACGCAAAAGACAAACACCUCUCCCGCUACCUCCACAUCAUCCGCUCGUCGCCCGUCUAUCCCAUCAUCUACGACAAGAACCGCACCGUCCUUUCCAUGCCUCCAAUCAUCAAUUCGAAUCACUCCAAAAUCACUCUCGACACCAAAAACGUCUUCAUCGACAUCACCGCCACCGACAAGACCAAGCUGGAGAUUGUCAAUCAAAUCCUCGUGGCAAUGUUCUCUCGUUACUGCGAGGAACCCUUCACCGUCGAACCGGUCAAUGUGGUGUCGGACCACAACAAUGAGACCCGCGUUACGCCCGACCUCUCGCCCCGCGCCACCCAAGCAAGCGCGGAAUACCUCAACUCUGUCUGCGGCCUCAACGAAUCGCGAGAAUCGCUCAGCAAACUCCUUUCCAAGAUGUGUCUUCAGGCUCGCCCAUCGCCGUCGGACAACGACAAGCUCGACGUCCUCAUCCCCGUCACGCGAGCAGAUGUGCUGCACGAAGCAGACAUCAUGGAGGAUGUGGCGAUUGCAUACGGCUUCAACAAUCUCCCACGCCACUUCCCGGGCACAUCGCACUCGGUUGCAGCCGCUCUACCCAUCAACAAGCUGGCAGACAUUGUCCGACUCGAGGCAGCCAUGGCAGGCUGGGCGGAAGUGAUGCCUCUGAUCCUCUGCUCACAUGACGAGAACUACGCCUGGCUGAACAAACCUUCCGACAACGGCGAGUGCGUGCGGCUUCAGAACCCCAAGACUGCCGAGUACCAGAUUGUCCGCACGUCUCUCAUUCCCGGCUUGCUCAAGACGAUUCGCGAGAACAGGAACCACGCGGUGCCGAUGAAGAUCUUUGAGGUGGCGGAUGUCGUCUUCAAGGAUAUGAAGGCCGAGCGCCGUGCGAGGAAUGAGAAGCAUUUUGCCGCCGCAUGGUACGGGAAGACGAGCGGGUUUGAGCAGGUGCAUGGCUUGUUGGACCGCGUCAUGCAAAUGUUGAAGAGCGCUUUCAUCACCAAGGAAGAAGGCCUGGAGAAUGCCGAGGUGGAGGGGUACUGGAUUGAAGAGGUUGACGAUCCAACUUACCUCGCCGGCCACGCUGCUGCCAUCUUCCUUGGCGUGGAUGGCAAGGCAAAGCGCAUCGGAACGUUUGGCAUCUUGCAUCCGAGGGUGUUGCAGAAAUUUGAGCUUCCCUUCCCCACCAGCACGCUGGAAUUGAACAUUGAGGUGUUCUUGUAGGCCAGCGCAACUGUUAGUAGAUGCCCGGAAUUAGAAUCCAUUUACCUUCCACCGCCUUCAUCCCAAACUUAUCGUGAUACCAUUGCCUCGUGUCCCGUGCAGUAAUGCCGAGAUUGGCCACGACAAACACCACCGCGCUCGCCAAUGUCCAAUUGACCCAUGCACCUUUCGGUGCAGCAACCAAGGCGAGAGAGAGGUAGAUGAAGCAUUCGGCCGUGUAGUGAGGAGCGAUGAGU